CUGAUUUGUUUUGUUUCUGAAGUGAGAACAAACACCGGGAUUUUUAAAAGACACGAGUUUUCAACGAAGAUCAAAUGCGUGGCAAAUCGUGAUGAAGUCUGAUCGUGAGGAGAUACAGAUGAGAUCCGAGCUUUAAAUGUUGCUGUACUCGAAAAUGGAAGAGGUCGUCUUGGCGAACGCAAAUUUACUGGGCCUGGACGAAAUCGAUCGUAAACUCAAUAACGGAUCGUGGCACUUUGACUUUCGAAGACAGACUAAUAUCUUGUUGUAAUGGCAAUCAAAAUUCACAGGUCUCCUUGAUUCUAACAUACAACUUGGCUACUCGACUCAGUUUUUGUUUCUGAAGAAAAAGUAUAUUGUACUGACGGUACAACUACAGACCAUUACCCCCACCCACACACACACUUCAUCUGGCCAUCCUGCUCGUUGCUCUAUCAGUUCCUGAAAGAAGUAUAGUAGUAAAGCUCAUGUUCAAGAAGCGUAAGGGGCCGACCGGGCCCGCGAAACAAGAGCAGGACGCCGCCGCUGCGGCGCCUGAAGAAGCGGGUACCAACAACAACAUCAACAAACCAGACAGCGACGAGACCGUGAUCGUGCACGCGGCGAAAAGACAGGCACUGGGCCGCGCGACGGGAAACUUGAAAAACCCAGAAUCGAGUAACGCAGUGAAGCAGAACCAGUUCGGCGGCAGUGCAAGCAGCACCAAAUGGAAGCAGGGCGACGCCGGCAGUGCGCUGGUGGAGGCGGCGGGAGAUAUCUACUCCGUGACCAGCGAGUUCGGGAUCAGCCAGCAGCUCACGGGGAAGGACUUUGCUACGAGGAAUAUCAAGAUUGACACCGACAUCAACCAGGAUCAGCGGUCCAUUCACGAGCGCAACAUGAAAAUCAAGUCCGCACUAGACGAGGGCAACCUCGACGCGGGCAUCUACCGCGGGCAGAACGCGCGCAAGGAGUACAUCGGGAAGAGCGAGGGGGCACUGUCGAAAAACAAAAUCACCGGGAACAUGUAUUCUGUGUAAAAACGUCCCCACACCAUAGUUGUCAUGCAGCUCUGCAUGUUUAAAAUGUUUCUCAUGCGGAGCCCCAUGAGAAGCAUUUUCUAAUGCGGUUUGGAAAUUUGUCAUGGUCCAAUCAGCAUGAGAUACUAGAUCUGUAAUGCUGCUGAACUAGCUCAAACAGCACUACACUACGCGUCCAAAUUUGUCAUGCGAAACAGCCAAAGCUUAUGGAUUUGUCUAGCGGAUUUCCCAACAUCUUAACUCUGGUGCGGGGACGUUUUUACUCAGGAUAACAUGGGCCCCGUGCGAGCAAGCACCACCGCGCGGAGCAUCACCCGGUUCGACUACUGGGGUAUGAGUGGCGACGGUGGUGUGUGCAAGGAGUACAUGCAGACCGGGUUCUGUGGGUACGGAGACGCCUGCAUCUUCAUGCACACCAGAAUAGAGCACACCGGCGGCUGGAAGUUAGACAAGCAGUGGGAGGAGGAGCAGAAGAAGAAGCAGGAAAAACUGCAAAAACGCAUGGAGCGCUGCCGACGAGUCGACGCGGGAGAGGAUAUCAGCACCAGCGAAGACGACUCGGAUGAUGAGAAAAAUCUCACGGCAGAAGGUAAAGAUAUUAGAUUGGUGCACAGUUGUUGUACUUUGAAGAUCUUGAUGCGAUAUUUUCUACUGCUAUGUUGAAUGAUGAAUGUCCUCCUGGUUCUUGCAUCUUGAUCUUCUCCUUUCGUGCAAAAAUGAAGUUUUUAGUGAACAAAUGAAUGCUGAACCACUUAAACAGACGCCAAGCUGAAGAUGCCAGAAAUUUGCGCGACCUGCAAAAAGAGGUGGGCAGACAACAAAAGUCCGCCGAUAGUGACGAAUUGCAAGCACUACUUCUGCGAGAGUUGCGCCAUGAAGAACUGGGCGAAGUCAAAAAAAUGUCCGGAGUGCAAAACGCCAUUGGACGGAAUUUUCAAUAAUUGCGAAGAGCAGUGGGAGAAGUGGAAGAAGCGCAAAGCAGAGCGCAAAGAGGAGCGCAAAUCGGCGCUGGAGGGCGGCAACCGAAGAACGUCCGGGGUGGAGGAACUCCGGGGGAAAAUCGGGAUUGCGUACUAGGUUUUUCCGCAACAUAGCUUUGCUGCUCACAACCACCACGACCACAUUCAUGCGACAAAGACCAAAGAUGUCUACUACAUUUGUCUUGGGAACAUAUGUUGACACUAGCGACACAUUCUGUAGUACACGCAUUGGAUUCUUGAUACAGAUCUUCGGCGACAAGAUAAGUAAAAAGUAAAUGCUUUCGACACGAAAGCGGCGACUGGGCC